GAGAGAGAGAGAGAGAUUCCUCAUCCAUAAUGACCGGAUAUAAAUCCUGACUCACUCCACCGACUGCCUCUGAUUUACAACCCGAGUGAACAGCGACCGUGCCAUCAUCCGGUCCAGCAACGUGCACACAAGGAUACAGCCGAUCCGAGAGAGAGACGGAGAGAGAGGAGGAAAAGGGAGAGGGAAAGAGGAAAAAAACACGGGCGUCCUGUAGCGACAGCCCGCAGACCGACACGGAAGGCGUCCGGAGCCACAUCUCGGGAUCAGGUCCUCAGGCUCGCAAGGAACUCGAAGGCGCUUGGCGAAGGGAAGGGAGAGGCAGAAACGAACAGCAUGGUCUGCAAAAUGACGCCAAUAAUGAUAUUAGCAACAGUUCUGGCCACGGCACACGCCCAGAGUUUUCUCACAACCGACCAUACUUAUCGGCAGGUGAUGACAACGUGUUUCGGAGAAGACCUUUUCUACGGACUUAUCAAGACCCUUAACGACGUCUUGGUCACGUGUUCUCAGGAGGAAUUCAGCCCAGAAAAUGCCCCGCCUUUGGACUACCCAGCGCUGUUUGACACCCUCGCCCGCACCGGACUCCGCCCACAGCCUCUCCCGGCGGCUCGACCUCCUCUCUCUCCAGGAGCCUUCUCGCAGUUCGUCCCACCACCUUCCACCUGGCAGCCGUGGCCGUCACUGACAGACUCUCCAACUACACUUGCGCCCUCGAGAAGUUGGAGGUGGCAAUCACAGGCCGACCCUCGUUCCCUCGGCUACUUGAUCACAACGCCCACCGGCCCGCGCCUCUGCCACCCAACCCUGCGCCUUCACCCUCCACCCCUCACGCCCACGCCUCGCUAUCAUGUGACCUUUCGCGCCUCCUCGUCUGCCUUCCGCUUCACGCCCGUUAUCACGUGA